GUGCCGGGUCGCCGGUCAUCUACGACGGGCCCACCCUGGGCUGGGCGGACUGCCGCACGAGGUGCGCCAACCACGGCUGCGGCUUCUGGAGCUACUGGCGCGACUCCCCGCAGCACCGGUGCAGGCUCACCACGGCGUGCGCACGGCGCGAGCGCGACCCCCGCCACAGCGUCAGCGCGUACCGGGGCUCGCAGGACGACGGGGCUGCCGAGGAGGCCGCCGAGCCCGAGGCCGAGCCCGACCCGGAGUUGCAGAGCCCGCCUGGCGCCCGCCAGGGCUGCCUCUCGCCACAGGGCACGGCCCGCAAGUUCGCCGCCUCGCCGCAGAGCGGGUGGCACAACCUGGGCAGGGUGGAUUCGUACAUCAACUGCUCACACACCGCGGGGUCGAAGGGCUACCAGAACCUCGUCUACAACAUCGGCUCGGUCGCCAAGGGCCGCUGCUACGGCUUCGCCAGCGACGUGCCGGAGGUGCACCAGCACGGCUGCGAGGACGCCUAUUGUUGGCUCUUCGGUCCAGCGUGCGAGCCCGCCAGCCGCCACGAGGAGGAGGUGCAACGCCUCGCAGGGGACAGCAGCACGAUGCGCAGCUGGGGCGAGGCCGCCCCCGGCGCGGCGCGGGAGGCCAAGCAGGCCGUGCUCAUGGCCGUGGAGGCCCGGGCGCGCGCCGACGAAGGCAGCGGCGAGGAGCCGCGCGCCGAGGAGGCGCGCGAGGGCGUCCGCGACGCCCAGGAGGACCUGGCGCACACGAUCGCGGAGGUGGCGCGCACGGUCGCCGAGGCGGGCCAGGCGGCGCAUGGGGCCGGCGAGGCGGGCGAUCGGUCGGCGCAGGGGGCCGCCAGCGAUCGAGGCGAGGAGGCUGCCGAGGAGGACGUGAUGGAUAUGGACGCCACGAGCGAAGAGACGGUCAAGGGGGAGGUCGAGGACCGCCUGGAGGCUGAGCACCAGGCAGCGCGGGAGGCCAGCCGGGCUCAUCGAACGACCCAACAGGACGCGCGAGCCGAGGAGGACGCCGUGGAGGAGGAGUUCAUUGACAUGGACACCAAGAGCGCCGAGACGACCGAGGGGGAGGCCGAGGACCACGCG